UGUGUAACAGGAGCUGUGAACUUUCAGUAAGGGCAAGGACAGGCUUACUGUAAUUUCUGUUUUGGAAGUGGGGAAGGGGAAUUCCCACCCAUGGGUUUCCUUUCCAGUUUCCUAUUUUGAGGGGUUUGAAUUGCUUAUAAAUACCCUCUCUGAGUCUGAGAGCACACAAGACAAGCUCCAUCUCCUCUGGCUUUGGCCUUCUGCAGUGCUCCGUGUCAGGCUUGAGCCGGGAACCAUGAGGGUCUGUGUCUGCCUCGUGUUGCUCUCCCUUAUUCUAUGUGCAAGUGCUGACAUCCCAGGCAGAAAAUUUGUUGUGGAUGCAAUUGGAGGGGCAAAGGAUAUGUACAGAGCAUACCGGGACAUGCGCGAGGCAAAUUAUAAAGGUGCUGACAAAUAUUUCCAUGCUCGUGGGAAUUAUGAUGCUGCCCGAAGAGGACCUGGUGGUGCCUGGGCAGCCAAAGUGAUCAGUGACGCCCGGGAGUUCUGGCAGGGCGGUGUGAGCGGCAGAGGCGCCGAGGACACCCGAGCGGACCAGGAGGCCAACAGGUGGGGCCGGAGCGGCGGGGACCCCAACCGCUACAGGCCCAAAGGCCUUCCCAGCAAAUACUAACGCGGCCCCCAGGAAGACACCUCUGCUCCCAUUACACCUCCUCUGUACAGCCAAAUAAAGAAUUUGUUCUGAAAACUGC